GGCAGCAGCCGCACUGGACCGGAGCAGACACGCCGCUGCUUCCUUCCCUUCCCCUUUCCCCACCUGCGUGCGAGCGGCCACCCAGACCAACCGCGUCCAGAUCCGGCGGCCGAUCUCUCCCGCCCGUCUCCCCAUGGCGGCCGGAGCCCUGGUCCUGGCCCUCGUAGCGGCGCUCGCGGUCGCGCUGGCGGGGGCAAACUCCGAGGGCGACGCGCUCUCGGCGCUGCGCCGCAGCCUGCGGGACCCCGGCGGCGUGCUGCAGAGCUGGGACCCCACCCUCGUCAACCCCUGCACCUGGUUCCACGUCACCUGCGACCGCGACAACCGCGUCACCCGCCUAGAUCUUGGUAACUUGAAUUUAUCUGGUCAUCUGGUGCCCGAGCUUGGUAAAUUGGAGCAUUUGCAAUACCUGGAACUUUACAAAAAUAAUAUUGAAGGAACGAUCCCAUCGGAACUUGGUGAUUUGAAGAACCUAAUUAGCUUGGACUUGUACAAGAACAAUGUUUCGGGGACUAUACCUCCAACACUUGGGAAGUUGAAGUCCCUUGUAUUCUUGCGGCUCAACGGCAAUCGUUUGACUGGACCAAUUCCAAGGGAGCUGGCUGGAAUAUCUAGCCUCAAAGUUGUUGAUGUUUCUGGUAAUAAUCUGUGUGGAACAAUUCCCACGACUGGACCAUUUGAGCACAUUCCUCUCAGCAACUUCGAGAGGAACCCGCGCUUGGAAGGCCCAGAGCUACAAGGCCUGGCUGUAUAUGAAACCAACUGCUAAACGGCUACGGGAAGGUGGAAAAUGCUAGGAAGUAACGGGCGUACAAGGUUUACCGGAGAUCGGGGUGAUAUAGAUGGUUAUGUCCGCAGUUUGCCACUUUGUAAUGUUCCUCCCUACAUAGCGCUGUCAUGCCAUGCGUGCCUUGCUCUCAGCAGGGAAGUUGAGUUGUUGUAUGUUGUGUAGCAGAACGAUGCUUUCUGCCUGUGGAAGUAAAACAUAAGAUUGCCUA